AUGGCUUCCAGUUGGUCGGCAGCAGCUUUAGAGCUCUCCUGUCCGGUCUGCCAGGACAUCUUUAAAGAUCCCGUCCUGCUUCCUUGCAGCCACAGCUUCUGUAACGUCUGUGUUCAACAAUGGUGGAGAACCAAACAAACACGAGUGUGUCCCGUUUGUAAAGCAGUGUCUCCUCGGUCUAAUAUACCGCCUCGGAACCUCGUGUUGAAGAACCUGUGCGAGGCUUUCGUGCUGGAAGUGGAGUCAGGCGUUGUCUGCCGCCUCCACACGGAGAGACUGAAGCUCUAUUGCGUGGACCACCAGACACCUGUUUGUGUUGUCUGCAGAGACUCGAGCCAGCACAGAAACCACACAUUUACACCCGUGAACGAAGCUGCAGAGUUUCACAGAAACGGUCUGCUGAAGCGCCUGAAGCCCUUACGAGAGAAAGUGAAACUAUUCCAUGAAGUGAAAGAGAAAUGGGAGAAAACAGAUGAAGACAUUAAGAACCAAGCUGGGGAAACAGAGAGGAAGGUAAGAGAGGAGUUCAGGGUGCUUCGGACGUUUUUGCAAGAGGAGGAAAAUGUUAGGAUUGCAGCACUGAAACAAGAAGAGAUGCAUAAAAGAGGGAUGAUGAAGGACAAGAUCUCAGUUUUGAUCAGAGAAAUAAACGCUAUGGAAAGUACCAUCAAAACCAUAGAGGAUGGGCUUACAGGCGAUGACACAUCUUUCCUGAUAAAAGUCAAUACUCUGACAGAAGAAACUCAGCGCCCCCUGCCGGAUGAUCCACGGCAUGUAACGGGAGUCUUGAUCAACGUUGCCAAAUACCUGGCAAAUAUUAGCUUCAGCGUCUGGUGCAAAAUGAUAGAGAAAGUGUCAUACACCCCUGUGAUCUUGAACCCAAACACUGCCCAUGAAGAGCUCCACCUGUCUGAGUGUUUGACCAGUGUGACAUGUGGACCCAAACAGGCUCUAGCUUCAACCCCAGAGAGGAUGGAGCAGCACCGCUGCGUCCUCGGAUUUGAGGGCUACAGCUCAGGGAGUCACAGCUGGAUCGUGGAGGUUGGAGACAGUCAAGUAUGGGCACUGGGUGUGAUGGCACAGGACGCUCAGAGGAUGGGAAACAUACUGUCUCGGUUAUGGAUGCUGAGGUUCUGCCAUGGUAAAUUCACAGCAUUCUGCCCAUCACGUCCAGGCUCUGUCCUCCCAUUGAAGGACAGGCCUCAGAGGGUCAGAGUUUACCUGGACUGGGAGAAAGGAAAGCUGUCCUUCUUGGAUCAACAAACUGACACAGUCUUACACACCUUCACACACACAUUCACCAGCAAGCUGUUUCCAUACAUCAACACCUGGAGUGACCUUCCACUGAAGAUUUUACCCGUGAAACUCUCCGUAACAGUGACGAACCUGUUAAGGAAUUGCAGAUAA